AUGAAUAUUACUUUCGAUACAGGAACUGAGCAGUUCAAGCUCUAUGUUCAACCAUCAGAUAGCUUGUCGAUGUAUCUAGAGGAAAUCACGACAAGAGUACAGUGCGAAAAAGCGGAUAUAGCAUUUACACAUGAUAAUAAAAGAGUGCAAACCUCAAAACCAAUAAUGGACUGGAUAUCAGACAAAAAGACUGUAUGCAUACUAAUGAAAUAUACAUAUACAAUUCAGUGGAAAGAAAAAGUCAAAAGAAUUCGUUCAUAUACAAAUAUACGAGUUUCCCGGCUUGUUCAAGAGUGCGUAACUCAAUUUAAACUCUCGAAUAAACCUAUUUCGAUGUACAUUCUGAAAACUGCAAAUGGUAGAAUGCUAGAAUCAUCUUCCACUCUUCCUUUUUGUGGAAUUUCAAUGACUUUGAGUUUGGUCUGUGUGGAGAGCGUUGAAAUAUCGGUUAAUAAGGACAAGAUUCUACUGUCCGUAAAAGUGAAUCCGUUUGCAACUGUGAGAGAUUUAGUGAAAUAUGAGAAAAUAUGCAAAACAGAUUAUUUCCUAUACACUUUAGUAGUGAAUAAUCGCAGUGUCGAGGACUACGUAACAAUACAAGAGUUGAACUUACGCAAUACGGAUACGGUAUCAUUGAUCAAAACUGCUUUGAAAAGAAGGAGAGAUUCUGUAAAGGAAAAGCCAAGGCAAGCAGUUGAUUUUAUGGAGUUACCCGAGUUAUCAGAUGGUAGUAGUAAUUCCAAUUCAGAGUCAGACGACUCACAACAAAGUAUUUCUUCCGAAUUAUCAUACUCUUCUCUGGACUACGAAGAGACAGCAAACGAGAAAUUACGUAUGAUAGGUCUGCAUCCGAGUACUCUUUCUUCAAAUCAUUUGGAUUCUACGACUAAUGUCCCAAAGGCAGAAGCAGGCAAAAGACCGAAAUACGAAAACCAUAAGCAAAAAGCAGCCAUUCAAGAGAGUGAUGAAGAUAAUACUGGAUCUCUCAACAAAAAACAUAAGGAAGACAACAAAAAGAGAGUACAGGACCAUAAUGGGAAUGCAGAAUUCGAUUCUCUCAUAGAACAGCAUUCCACCAGCUCUUUGGUCCAAAAUUCAGAGGAGUCCAACCAAUCAAUGCUAUCAUUUAGUGUCUUUGCUGAGAGUGAGGAAAUUCCAUUAACAAUGGAAAAGACUGACACAAUUGCGCAAUUGAUUAUGGAUGUAUGCGGCAAUGAUACGGAAUUGGAUGAGAGAAAAUAUGAUAUGUCUACUAGCAACUUUUUGUAUAUCGCAGAUGAGACGAAUAUUAUUACAGUGCAAUACGCCCACGACAUUAUUCAGUUUGUGUUAACCGAAAAGUUAACGCUACGUGACAUUCUGAGUGAAACAGAUUAUCCCUCAACAGGUCAGCUAUAUAUUAAAGGUGUAGAAAAACCUCUCAAAUCAGAUGUACCACUUGUGAAACAAGGAGUUGAGAAUAAAAUGGAAUUAGAGUAUAAGGAUACAGAAAUUAAAAAGGAAAUACACUUGUAUGAAGGUGACAAACUGAUUGCUCUACAAUAUGAACCCGAAAAAACAGUUUCCGAUAUUAUAGAAAGCUAUUUGGCUCUGAAAAAAGUGAAGGCAAUAAAGACAAUUCUCAAACAAACUGUCCUUACAAUUCAUAAACAGUUUGACAUAAUUGAAAAUUCUACAAUAAUGAAAGACAUAGAUUCUCAGGAGUUUGAUGUAUAUAAGAGAAAAGAAUUGGAAAGGAUACAGAUAAACAAAGGAAAUAGCAAAACAAAUAGUCUUGCCACAGAGAAAAAGGAAAGAAAUGAAAUGAAAAAUAAGGAUACUCAGUUAAGCAACGAGUGUAAAGAUGAAAGCAGCAAAACAAAGAGGAACGGAAACAAGGCAGGUCGUUGUGAAAUAAAAAAGAAAAAUAAGGAGGAAAAGACCGAGAUAGAUACACAUGCUGAACAUAAUAAACAAGAGACAAAUGCAAUGGGGGGAUUAAAAGCCGAUAAUGAAGGACAUAAACCGGUUGAGAAGACCACGCUUACGGCAAUCAAAAUUCUACUUGAAUUUGACAAGGACAAGAAAGAAAUAGAUAUCUCGAAUCCUGAGGUUAAGGAAAGAACUGAAGAAAUAGACAAAGAAAUCGCCAUGGUAAAAAAAGGAUUCAAUCUGUAG